AUGGACGCUGAAAGUCUUAUUCAACACAUUGAACGAGACAUGGAGGCCACUUCAUUCCCCUUAUCAGUGACCUCCGACUGGCUGGAGGACGGGAACGAGACGACUGGGAAUCAGUUCCAGCAGCCCGACUGGCAGGUGGCUCUGUGGGCUAUAGCCUACUCCCUCAUCAUCUUGGUGUCCAUCACUGGGAAUGUCACAGUGAUCUGGAUUAUCCUCGCCCACAGACGCAUGAGGACUGUAACCAAUUACUUCAUCGUCAACCUGGCCUUCUCUGACGUUUCCAUGGCAACCUUCAACACUCUUUUUAACUUUGUUUACGCGCUUCACAACGAUUGGUACUUUGGCUUGAGCUACUGCCAAUUUCAGAACUUUUUCCCCAUCACUGCAAUGUUUUCAUCAAUAUACUCGAUGGCUGCCAUCGCAGUGGACAGGUACAUGGCCAUCAUCCACCCUCUGAAGCCUCGUCUCUCCUCCACCUCUACAAAGGUUGUGAUUGCUCUGAUUUGGAUUGUAGCGAUUUCCUUGGCUUUUCCUCAGUGCUACUACAGCGUGACGAAAUUUUAUUACCCCAGGACCGUGUGCAUGGUCGACUGGCCUGAUGAUUAUGGAGGGAAACAUCAACUAAGUUACCAGUUUGCAGUGAUUUUGCUGAUCUACUUGCUCCCUCUGCUGGUAAUGCUGGUGACCUACAGUUUGGUUGGCCAGUCACUGUGGGGUGGACACAUCCCUGGGGAGGCGUCAGACCAUUACCACAGCCAGAUAACGGCCAAGAGAAAGGUGGUGAAAAUGAUGGUUGUCGUGGUGGUGACCUUUGCCCUCUGCUGGCUGCCCUAUCACAUCUAUUUCAUACUGGGAUCAUUUAACAGAGACAUCUAUAAACAACAUUAUAUUCAACAGGUGUACCUGGCCAUAUUCUGGUUGGCGAUGAGUUCGACCAUGUACAAUCCCAUCAUUUACUGCUGUCUAAACCAAAGGUUUCGGGCUGGUUUCCGUCACGCAUUUGCUUGGUGCCCCUUCAUCAAAGUGUCAGCAGAGGACAAGAUGGAGCUGCAGCACACGCACACCUUCAGAGUCACCAUGACACGCAGCCACCGCAAUGACACCUCAUACGCACACGCCUCCUUCAAAACAAAUAACACCUUCGACACAAACUCGGCUGUCAAAAAUGAGCUGAACACAGAGAGAGACGCUUACAUUCAGCUAAAAGAACACACAUCAUCGCAAACAUACAACUCACACAAAACACAUGUGGUGAGGAGGCUAGAUGAUACAAACUCACCAGGUGCCAAACUCAUGGAGCACAACCACUGACUACUGAAACAAAUUAUGGAUGAGGACAUUUUCGAUGGGACAUUCUCCAUGUGGAAAGGAAAGAAGAUGUUCAUUAGAACUGACUUGGGACCAUUAACCAUAUUUUGUUGCAGAGGUAUAUAAAUGAAUGUGAACAUCAAGUUAAUGUUCGUUUGGCUUUUAAUGCCAAAGUGGUCCUAUGAACAUGUGAAAACAGUUAAUAAUAGGAGAAAAUAUGUCUGCGACCGAACAACAAGAGCAGCUUAUUCUGGUAUUGUUAGCAUUUUCUGCUGGUGGGAAAGUC